UAAAACUGGAUCAUUCUAUUUCCAGAUUUUGCCAACGUUAUUCCACCCAAAAAUGAAUAUCUGCCACAGAGGCCUGAGUUGUGGUGUCAAGCUCCAAAAGGUUACUAAACUGUUAAGAGGGUCUACUGGUUUAAACCCUGGUAUUCAGCUAGCUAGAUGUGUUUCUACUGGUGGACCUACUGAUCAGAAGGUUCACCGUCUCAAGGAUGCUGAACCAUUCAAGAACUACGCGAAAUCAACUGAAUCCCUGGAUCACUUUACUUCUAAAACAACUCAACCAAAAAUUGAAAAUUACACUUUCCCUCAUCCCAUCUGGUCCAACGAGGAACUCAACGAAGUAGAGAUUAGUCACAGGAAACCUCAAGGAAUAGCGGAUCAUCUAGCAUACUUUUCAGUGAUGACCCUAAGGACCAGUUUUGAUCUGUUUUCUGGUUAUACAAUCCAGAACAAACUUAAUACUUUGGAUGAAAGAUCUGUUCUGAUAAGAGCUAUCUUCCUCGAAACAGUUGCUGGUGUGCCAGGUUUCUCAGCUGGGAUGAUCAGACAUCUUCAAUCCUUAAGAAAGAUGAGAAGAGAUCAUGGUUGGAUUCAUACUCUUAUAGAGGAGGCAGAGAACGAGAGAAUGCAUCUACUUACAUUCCUUGAACUCAAAAAACCUGGGCCAAUAUUUCGUGGCGUUGUUGUUUUUACACAGCUCUCCUUUACAGCUGGGUUCUCCCUAGCCUACCUUAUAUCUCCACACUUCUGCCACAGGUUUGUUGGAUACCUAGAGGAGCAAGCAGUUGUAACCUAUACCCAGAUAUUGAAUAAGAUUGAUGAGGGAAAACUACCAAUGUGGAAAAAUCUCCCAGCACCAGUUAUUGCAGUCAAAUAUUGGAAGCUGGAUGAAAAGGCUGUCAUGAGAGAUGUUAUUCUUGCGAUAAGAGCUGACGAGGCACAUCAUAGACAAGUAAACCAUACUCUUGGAGAUCUAGACCACAACCAAGACAACCCUUACGGACCAGGACAGUAAUAUGGAUAUUUGAAGCAGCGUAUGAAUCCUCCAAAUUCAUGGAAACCAAAUAGAUAAAAUACAGGUCUGAAUAUACUUAGGAAAUCUGACUUAGUUCAUGAAAUUACUUGUUUUCAUGUUUAAUGUUUAAAUAAUAUUACAGUAUUCUCAGAUGUAACUUGUGUUUAAACUCUUUGUUAAUGUAUCUACUUUGUAAUGUAUUCUUUUUAUUAAGUAAGUCACUAGUAACAUUUUAAUGAAAUUAUUUCAGUAAAUUAUGCUAAAAUGAAUUUUUUAGAAAAUUUCGAAAAUGUAAAUAAUGGAAUCAGAAUCCGAAAAUCAAAAUUAAAUAUUCUACCUCUUCCGAAACUCAUACUUGACAAAGCAGCAUUAGGAGAUGAAAAGAAAUGAAAUAGAAUUAGAUAUGCUAUAAGAUUGUUGUUAUUAGUAAGCUUUGUUACACUAGAAUUUGCUUGUUAUAAUUUUAGAAUGAUAAUAUAUGUCAAUAUAUAGUGCAAUAA